AGAGGUCCGUCAGACACCACACACACCCGCCGGUACCGAGUGCGAGCGCAGCCGACAUGGUCCGCCUCCUGCCGAUGUUGGUGCCGCUGCUGGUGUUGGUGCUGGUGCUGGUGCAGCUCGGGGUGGUGUAUGCUGCGCCGGCGGACGUCAGUGACCGGUCCCUGGACCGCUCGGAUCGAGUGGUAGGCGGCACGGAGGUCCCGCAAGGAGCGGUCAACUGGGUGGCAUCGCUGCAGUUCCGUCACUCCAACUCCCACUUCUGCGGCGGCACGGUCAUCGGCGACUACUGGGUGCUCACGGCCGCACACUGCAUGCAGAGCGUGAGGGCCGAUCAGUUCCAGGUGGUCACUGGAGGGACAAACCUAGACGGAACGGGUCUCCAGGUCAGGUAUCCAGUCAACGUCACCAUCGCUAACUAUGACGACAACAUGAAGUCAAACGACCUGGCUCUGAUCCGCACCGGCACACCGCUGGAGCCUUCCACGCGCAUCACGGGCGCGGUGGUGAGCCCGGCCGAGCAGCGGCCUGCCGCCGGCACAGAGUGUCAGGUGCUCGGCUGGGGGCUCACCAAACAGGGCGGCAGGACCGUGCGUCAGCUGCGCUGGACCACCGUCACCACUCAGUCCAACGACCGGUGUCAGGCCGAGUUUAGAACCAACGGCUACACCAUCUCGGAGACGAUGCUGUGCGCCGGCCAGCCGGGCCGCGAUGCCUGCCAGGGGGACAGCGGCGGCCCGCUGGUGUGUCGAGCCGACGGGACUCCUCUGGGGGACGGCGGAGCGCCCACCUCUGAGCUCCGGCUGGCCGGAGCCGUCAGCUGGGGAGUGGGCUGCGCCACGCCCGGCCUGCCCGGGGUCUACGCCGAUGUGGCCGGCAUGGCUGCCUGGCUGCGAGACGCCAUCGGGGAGCAGUGAUGGAAGGGGGCGCUUGGGAAGGGUGAUAACAGGUCGCGGGGAUGUCUGGGAGGUCGGUGAUAAAAGUUCGACAUUUUUUGGUAGGUGCGAUAGAAGUUCAGGGAUCAUGGUUCAGGGUGUCGAAAGUUCAGGGUGUCAGUGGUAAAAAUUAGGGGAAAUUUGGGAGGCCGAUUACAGGUUGGGAGAGAAUUGAUAAAACACCGGGGUACUUUGGGAAGAGUGACCAAGUGUCGGGAUCCUCUGACAGGAGUGAAUUUAAUAUUGGGGAAAUGAGUUAUGGUGGGCGGAACCUGGGGUAGGUUGGAAAAAUGGGGCAUUUUGGAAAAAUAGAGAUGCCCUUACAGUUAAAAGGAAUAGGGGCACAGAAGGGAGGGUUGAAGUGAGAACGACGGAGCGGGUAAAUCGGGGGCCAAUGAUAAACGUUCUUUAUCGGGAGAGAGGACAGCAGGUGUCUUUAGAGUAGUGAGUCGUGGCAUCGCUUUGGGAUGCAGCCAGCAGGGACGUUAUGUAGAGUGCAGGGGGCGCUGUCGAUGGUAGAGGAGCGCGGCGGACCGGUCGACGUGGAUCCCACAGGAUAAAAUGUGCCUUUCAAAACUGUACGGUGAAGAUGACACUGCGACUAGACGAUGAGGGUCACAAUGUAACGGUCGAUACAAUGUUGUUUACCGAAAACAAUGGACCAAGAAUGAUCAGCGGAACAACAGGAAUAGAUUGACUGUUUAUUGCCGGAAUAUUAAAGUAAUUGAAAUAGAUACAUGAUUUCAUUUGUUGGUCAAUAACAUCGACAUUGUGCUGACUGUUCUGUACGCUUAACAUAAGCAACUUUCGCAAAAUGGUUAUUGAUCUAAUAAACGAAACACUAAAUAAAA